UCUUUCCAUGGGAUCUGUUUCGUCUUCUUCACUCACUGCCACCCUGGUCAGCGCCCAUAACUUCACCAAAGAAACUCCCCGCAAGUCAAUGGCAUGAGGAUGCAGAUAGAGACAUCAAGAUGAAAUUAGCUCUUUUACAAUUUGCUCCGGAGGUGGGGAAAGUCAAGGAGAACAUCCAGAGGGCGGAUGAAACGCUGCAGAAGACACGAAUCCCCACAGAACUGGACUGGCUUAUAUUGCCCGAAAUGGCGUUCUCUGGUUACAACUUUCACUCUUUAGAAGAAAUACAACCUUUUCUAGAGCCCACAACAUCUGGCAUAACAACACAAUGGGCCAUCCAAGUGGCCAAGCAUUACUCCUGUCACGUUACCGUGGGCUAUCCGGAGAUCACGACCACGGAACCCAUAGCGCAGUACAACUCUACAGUCACCAUCUCCCCAACAGGUCAAGUGCUUAACAAUUACCGCAAAACAUUUCUCUACUACACAGACGAAACGUGGUGUGCCGAGCCCACGUCGACUUUUUACUCCGGUAAACUAGGUUCUCUUGGUCCUGUUACUUUAGGAAUUUGCAUGGACAUCAACCCACACCGCUUCCUCGCCCCGUGGGAUGCAUACGAAUUCGCCAAUGCCGCAUUGUCCUCCUCUCAUCUCCCACCAAACUCGCUUCCUCCACUGAUUUGUGUAUCAAUGGCAUGGCUGUGUCAUUUGACGCCUGAGGAGCUGGUGCAGGAUCCCCAGCAACCGGAUAUAGCGACUGUGGCCUACUGGGUGGAGCGGUUCCAACCAGUGGUGGAAAAAAGUAAGCAGGUAGAGGGCGCUACGCAUGUGGUGCUGGCCAACCGGUCAGGUAUGGAGAAGGGCGUUUGCUUUGCUGGCAGUAGUACGGUUCUUAAGAUCGAGGGCGGCGCUGUGAGCUUAUUCAAGACUGCGGGAAAGAGCGAGGAGAAGUGCUUGGUUGUGGACUUGUCUGAACGGCCUCAGUUCAUGGUCAGCAAAGCGCGAUAG